AUGCCCCAGUAUUACAAGGACAAGCUGGGGGGCUGUGUGUGUGUGGGUGUGAAGGAGGACCUGGGCGUGUGUCUGUUGCAGUCCAACUGUGUGGUGCAAGAAGGAAAAUCCCCUCUGCAGUGUUUGAAGGAAGGCUACUGCAAAGCUUUGAAAUACUCAUUUUUUGAGUAUAAAAGAUCAAUGUUGGAUACCAGGUCAAGAGGAAGAAAGGGAUAUUGAUACAUUAUGUAGAAGCCAAGAUGAAAACAACAAAGGAUUUUCUCUGGUUAUUAACACAAAGAAGCCAAAACAGGAAACAUACUUUUUACUACAUCUGUUUGGUUGGACCAGUUUUCCCCUCCGUGGAACACUGAAGAAAAUGAAUGAGUUCUGUUUUUGAAUAUGUAUAAAGUAAAUGAUUCUCUUGAUCCAAGUUAUUUUUAGAAGAAAAACCUAAUUAAACAGUUAUGGGUUGGGAGCAUAAUAAAUGUGUUUUGAGAAUUGUUCUAAAGCACAGAGAAUGGAAAGAUUGUUAUUUGCAAACUUGACUCUUCAAUCGAAUUACACAAU